AUGGCGAGGUUACAGUUGGUCCGGGUCAAAGUGAGCUGGACAGUGCUUUUGGUUCUGGCCCACUUCACAUACCUGCUGGUUGGGGCCACCAUCUUCCAGAUACUGGAGCGAGAGGCUGAGAGCAACAACCGAAACCACUUCCAACUGGAGAAGUUGAAUUUCUUGGCUAACUACACCUGCCUGGACGGGCCAGCCUUGGAGAAGUUUGUUCAGGUGAUUUUGGAUGCCUGGGAAAAGGGAGUGAAUCCCUCGGGCAACUCAACAAACCCCAGUAACUGGGAUUUCUGCAGCUCCUUCUUUUUUGCAGGCACAGUAGUCACAACCAUAGGCUAUGGCAACCUCUCCCCCAGCACUGUAUCCGGUCAGGUGUUCUGUGUGUUCUAUGCGCUGUGUGGAAUCCCACUGAACCUGGCCUUCCUCAAACAGCUUGGGAAGUGUCUCACCAUCCACCUGGGGCGACUGGAGAAGGGAAUGGACUCGGUAGUUCCGCACAAGCAAACAGUUGAGGCUCUAGCAGUGAGCUUGUUCCUCAUCACUGGCAGCCUGCUGUUUUUGGUCAUCCCUCCCCUGCUGUUCAGUUACGUGGAAGGCUGGACGUUUGGCGAGGGCUUCUAUUUCGCCUUCAUUACCCUUAGCACCAUUGGUUUUGGAGAUUAUGUGGUGGGGACUGACCCCGGCAAGCAGUACAUCUCUCUGUACCGCAGCCUGGCAGGUAUAUGGAUCAUCUUUGCCCUGGCUUGGCUUGCUCUUAUCCUCAACAUGGGUGCCAGAAUAAUGGAGCGUGCGAUUGGCCUGACUCAUCCGGGCUUUAAGAAACAAGAGAAAGAAGAGGACGUGUCAUCCAGUAAACUAGAAGACAUGUCAAAGAUCUGACAGCGGACAGUAGUUGGGACUA